GUGGAUUCGGUCGUUAAGCGCUGCUCCACGGGGUCGUGUCGACACAAGUCAACACCUGCAGCCAUUUUACGCUCCGAUGUCGUGAAUCAAAUCCAUCUCUGAGCAGCCCGUCUGCGCCCUUGAAUCCAGCAGGUCAAAAAUGGUGAAAAGAAAGAGCUUGGAUGACAGUGACCGGGAAAACUGCCGGGGUAUCCCGUUUCCGAUCCAAACCUUCCUAUGGAGACAGACCAGUGCGUUUUUGCGGCCGAAGUUAGGGAAGCAGUAUGAAGCCUCCUGUGUGUCAUUUGAGCGGGUGCUGGUGGAGAACAAACUCCACGGGCUCUCUCCAGCCCUCACUGAAGCCAUCCAGAGCAUCUCUCGCUGGGAGCUGGUCCAGGCUGCUCUGCCUCAUGUUCUCCACUGCACUGCCAUCCUUCUCUCAAACCGCAACAAGCUGGGACACCAGGAUAAACUCGGGGUAGCUGAAACGAAACUCCUUCACACUCUACAUUGGAUGCUUCUGGAGGCGGCCCAGGAGUGCCACCAGGAGCCUGGCCUGGGACACGGCUGGUCUGGGGGCAGCAGUGGUAGCAGUAGUGCCUACCUUCAGCCCAUAGGGAACCAGGGUCUCACAGACCACAAUGGCAGCACAACUGAAGAGAAUGAAUAUGCCCGUGCCAAACUCUACCAUAAGAACAUGGCCACUGUGGAGCUCUUUGUGUUUCUCUUUGCCCCCCUCAUUAACCGGAUCAAGGAGUCUGACCUCACCUUUCGACUGGCUGGUGGACUUGUUAUUUGGCAGCCAAUGUGGGAGCACCGUCAACCUGAUGUUCCUGCUUUUUCUGCCCUUGUCAAACCCAUGCGUAACAUUGUUACAGCAAAGAGGAAUUCUCCAGUGAAUAACCAGUGUAGUCCUCAUGAUACCAGUAACCCAUGCCCUGCAGUGGUAUGUGAAUCAGACCAGCCAGACUCCUCCUCCCCCUCGGUGACAGGACAGAGCUGUCGCCGUGGCAACUCUGUGGAGAAGGGAGGGUUCUCACAGCAGGCCUUUGAGAAAGGAUUUUCACAACCAAAGAAUUUCUCAGUACCUGGUGGCAUCUCUGUAUCACAGCAAGCAAGGUAUGCCACCUAUUUUGAUGUUGCAGUGCUGCGUUGCUUGAUGCAGCCUCACUGGACAGAAGAGGGUGUGCACUGGGCCCUCAUAUACUACCUGCAGCGGCUGCGUCAGAUACUGCAGGAGAAGCCUGAACGCCCCCCUGAGCCCCUGAUAACCCCCUUACCACGGCCCCGCAGUAGUUCCAUGGUGGCUGCUACCCCUUCUUUGGUUAAUACUCACAAAACACAGGACAUGACUCUAAAAUGUAAUGAGGAAAGCAGGUCUUUGAGCUCUGAGACCUUCUCUAAAGUGUCAAUUACCAACCUCAGGAGACCAGCAGUCCCUGACCUCUCCACUGAGAUGGGUAUGAACAUAUUCAAAAAGUUUAAGAACCGUAGAGAAGAUCGAGAGAGAAAAGGCUCUAUCCCAUUCCACCAUACUGGGAAGAAACGCCAGCGUCGAAUGGGUGUACCUUUCCUGAUGCACGAGGAUCACCUGGAUGUCUCACCCACAUGUAGCACCUUCUCAUUCGGAAGCUUCUCUGGACUGGGAGAUGACCGUCGCACACUGGACCGUGGGGGUUGGCCUUCCACUAUCAUGGGGAAGUUAACACGUCGUGGAAGCUCAGAUACUGCCGGAGAUGUGGACAGUCUUGGAGCAAAACAUUUUCACUCCCACCACAACUUGCCUGAACACUCCAACAGUCACAGUGACAAUACCAUCAAAGAGGGUGUUCGUUCCCAGAUCUCCACCAUCACCAUGGCUACAUUUAACACAACUGUGGCUUCCUUUAAUGUAGGCUACACAGAUUUCUUCACAGAGCACAUUAAGAAACUGUGUAACCCCAUUCCCAUCCCUGAGAUGCCAUGUGAGCCGCUGGCCUGCUCCAACCUUCCCCGAAGUCUGACAGACUCCUGCAUCAAUUACACAUCGCUAGAGGACCGAGACACUAUUGAGGGCACUAACAACUUCAUUCUGAAGAAUGGCAUGCUGGACCUCAUGGCUAUUCUGCGGGCCCUGUAUUCCGUACUCACCCAUGACAUCAGUUCUCGGAUUUGCGACGUGGCGCUCAACAUCAUCGAAUGCCUCCUGCAGCUGGGGGUGGUGCCCAGUGUGAUGAAGAAAGCCUCCAAACCUGAGGACAAAGAGGCGGAGCAUCUGAAGGAGGGAGCCAGCCAGAGUGUGGGUGGAACUCAGGGGGAGGCGGCUGGAGGCACAGGAGCAGCACCUAAUGGAGGUGGUGGAGGAGAUGGAGGAGGAGGGGGUGGAGAGAGUCGUGGAGGAAGCAGAGAUGAUAUAAAGAAUAACAAGGACAACCAGGAUGGAGACACUUCACUCAGCACUCACAGGUUGGCUCUCACCAUGCUCAUUAAGAUCGUAAAAUCACUUGGCUGUGCGUACGGUUGUGGUGAAGGGCAUCGUGGGCUUUCUGGAGACCGCCUUCGGAUGCAGGCGCAGAAUUGUUUGACUACUCUGUACACGCUGGAUAAAGUGCAGUUCCGUCAGACUAUGAAAGAAUACGUUAAUAAGGAUUCGCUCAACAACAUUGUGGAUUUCCUGCAUGCCCUACUUGGCUUCUGCAUGGAGCCAAUCACUGACAAAUACGGCAGUGCAGGUGAGAGGUCCAGGAGGGCGAAUAAAAGAAACAUCGACAAGGCUGGCUUCGGGAACAACUUCACCACUGGAGGAGACAAGUCUCUGGCCCAGAGCAUGGGAACUGUGGUGGUGGGCUGCAUGUUCAAGUCUCUCAUCACAAGAUGUGCCUCCACUACACAUGAGCUUCACAGUUCUGAGAACCUGGGCCUGUAUUGUGACAUACGUCAGCUGGUUCAGUUUAUUAAGGAGUCCCAUGGAAAUGUCUUCCGACGUGUGGCUCUCAGUGCCCUUCUGGACAGUGCUGAAAAACUCAAUACCACUAAAAAAACAGACGAAAAGGAGGAGACCAAGCCAUCUUCAGCAAAAAAUGAGGAGCAAAUCCCAGGAGCACUUUUAGGAAGGAAAGACUUUUGGAGGAAGAUGUUCAAAUCUCAGAGUGCCGCCAGUGAUACAAGCAGCCAAUCAGAGCAGGAUACGUCAGAGUGCACCACUGCCCACUCUGGUACUACCACAGACCGUCGUUCACGAUCACGUUCCCGACGGAUUUCACUACGCAAGAAACUCAAACUGCCCAUAGGAAACUGGCUGAAACGCUCCUCUCUAUCUGGUCUAGCUGAUGGGGUGGAGGACCUGCUGGACAUCAGCUCUGUGGACAGACUGUCCUUUAUCAGACAGAGCUCCAAGGUCAAGUUCACCAGUGCUGUGAAGCUGUCGGAGGGUAGCGCUAUUGAAUAUGGGCGAGAGGAAGAGGAGAAUUUCUUCAAGCGGCUCGGUAAAUGGCGGUCUGGUCGGAGGAACCCUUCCAAGCUUCACCACACAGAAGAGAAAGAUGGUUGCCAUGGAUUCCAGGAGCACUUGGCUGCCAGUCAGGAGGCCAUGAAGAAUAAGAACAUUGUGAAUCUAGGUGCAAUCAGACAGGGCAUGAAGAGAUUUCAGUUCCUGUUGAACUGCUGUGAGCCGGGAACCAUACCAGAUGCUUCAAUUUUAGCAGCAGCGCUGGACCUGGAAGCACCCGUGGUGGCAAGGGCCUCGCUUUUCCUGGAGUGUGCUCGUUUUGUGCAUCGCUGUAACCGUGGUAACUGGCCAGAGUGGAUGAAAGGUCACCAUGUGAACAUCACUAAGAGAGGGCUGUCCAGAGGACGAUCGCCUGUAGCAGGAAACAAAAGAAACACAAAGCUCCAGUGGAACGCAGCCAAACACUUUUACCAGUGGGGAGAUGCGAUAGGCACUCGGCUGAGUGAAAUUUGCCACUCAGACAGAGAGAGUCCAGCCAACAUCUUGGGUUUUAUCUAUGAUGAAGAGAGCAAGAGGAGAGUGAAAAAGGAGGAUGAGGAAGAAGAUUAUCUGGAUGACAACACAGUCAACCCCACAAAGUGUGGAUGUCCCUUUGCUCUGAAGAUGGCUGCUUGUCAGCUGCUUCUGGAGAUCACCACUUUCCUGCGAGAGACCUUUCCCUGUCUUCCCAGACCCAGAACAGAGCCCCUUGUGGAUUUAGAGAGCUGUCGUUUGCGUCUGGACCCUGAGCUAGGCCGUCAGCGCUAUGAGAGGAAGAUCAGCUUUGCAGGAAUCCUGGAUGAUGAGGAUGGACACGAUUCUCUGAAUAGCAGCAGCCACACCCUCAAGUCUGACACUGGCUGUGAGGAAAAGAAAUCAUCACAAGAGCCUCUGGCUCCAAUUAGAAAGAUCCGUAUUGGUGGCUCUCGGUUGCUACAAAUUAAAGGAGCAAGGAGUUUCCGACUAAAGAAAGGAGGCUCUUUAUCUUCUAUCCGCCGAGCAGGGAGUCUGAAAAGCACUAAGAUGUCCAGACAGGACUCUGAGUCUGAGAAUGACGCAGAAUCGGAACGGCUGCUCUCCCAGAGUAGAGAUACUGUCACUGAUAUAGGGAGCUCUUGGAGUGCUAGCGAGCCAAGCAUUGAACCUGAGGGUCCUGGCAGCACAGGGGGUGUGGAGGACAACUACCAUCGCAACAUGUCCUGGCUACAUAUCAUGAUUCUGCUGUGCAACCAGCAGAGUUUCAUCUGCACUCAUGUGGAUUUCUGCCACCCUCGCUGCUAUCAGCACCACAGCCGCUCAUGUGCUCGGCUCGUCCGUGCCAUCAAACUUCUAUAUGGAGAGACAGUAGACAGUCUGAAAGACAACAGAACUACCGGCAAUAUCAGUGGCCGUGCCAAGAAGAGCAAAGAGUGUUCAGACAAAUCCUGCCUCCGGACCCCAUCCAUGAAGAGACGCCCCACUGACAGCAGUGCUGAGGGGAAGAAAGACACUGGCAUGCUAAAGUACAUCCGCAACCAGGUAAUGAGUCUGUCUCCAGCCCCUUUGUCCUUGCUUAUAAAAGCAGCCCCUAUCCUGACUGAGGACAUGUAUGGAGACAUUUUGCCUGCAGCAUGGGAGCUCCUGCUGAGUGUGGAUGAACAUAUGGCUGCAGCUGCAGCUGCCCUGUUCCUGCUGUGCGCGGUGAAGGUGCCGGAUGGAGUGACCGAAAUGAUGAUGGCUGAGUUUCAGCAUCAGGAAGCAUGUCAGAGAAUUAACUCCAUUUUGAAAUUCUACACUGUCUGGAGAUUCCGGUACCAAGUGUGGCCUCGGAUGGAAGAGGGGGCUCAGCAGAUAUUUAAGAUUCCUCCACCCAGCAUUAACUUCACACUGCCCUCUCCUAUCCUGGGAAUGCCCUGUGUGCCUAUAUUUGACCCUCCAUGGGUUCCUGUUAAUGCAGGCACUGUUCCAGAUGCAAUCAGUGAAGAUCAGUCUAAAUCAUUCUCGGCACGAGCAGUAUCUCGCUCUCACCAACGGGCAGAACACAUCCUGAAGAACAUGCAGCAGGAGGAAGAGAAGAGGAGGCUCGGUCGUGAGGCCAGCGUCAUCACGGCCAUCCCUAUCGCUCAGGAGGCCUGCUAUGAGCCCACAUGUAGUCCACCACCUGAGCAGGAGGAGGAAGAAGAUGUGGUGAACUUGACAUCACGUCGUCUGUCCGUCAGCCCCUCUUGUGCCUCCAGUAACUCCCACAGAAACUACUCCUUCCGCAGGGGCUCUGUGUGGUCAGUGCGGUCAGUGGUCAGUGCUGAAGAUGAUGAGAACACAACAGAACUCACACCAACACAUCACAUGCUGCAGCCACCCCAGUCUGUUUUCCCACCAUGCAUCUGUGCUGCUGUGUUGCCCAUUGUGCACCUGAUGGAAGAUGGAGAAGUUCGGGAAGAUGGAGUUGCAGUAUGUGCUGUUGCUCAGCAGGUUUUGUGGAACUGCCUGAUUGAAGAUCCAGCCUUGGUUCUUAGACAUUUCCUGGAGAAACUCACAGUCAGUAAUAGACAGGAUGAACUCAUGUACAUGCUGAGGAAACUGCUUCUUAACAUUGGGGAUUUGCCUGCACAGACCUCACACAUUCUUUUCAACUAUCUGGUGGGCUUGAUCAUGUACUUUGUAAGGACUCCCUGUGAGUGGGGCAUGGAUGCCAUAUCAGCCACUUUGACCUUUCUGUGGGAGAUUGUGGGUUAUGUGGAGGGGCUCUUUUUUAAAGACCUUAAACAGACUAUGAAGAAAGAACAGUGUGAGGUCAAGCUUCUGGUUACUGCCUCCAUGCCAGGAACCAAAACCCUGGUGGUUCAUGGACAGAAUGAGUGUGACAUUCCCACCCAGUUACCAGUGCAUGAAGACACCCAGUUUGAAGCCCUUUUGAAGGAGUGUUUAGAAUUCUUCAAUAUUCCAGAGGCUCGGUCUGCUAACUAUUUUUUGAUGGAUAAGCGUUGGAACCUUAUACACUAUGCCAAGACCUAUGUGCGAGACAUCUACCCUUUCAGAAGAUCAGUGUCUCCUCAACUUAAUCUGGUUCAUAUGCUACCAGAGAAGGGCCAGGAGCUCAUUCAGAAACAGGUGUUUUCUAGAAAGUUGGAAGAGAUUGGCCGCGUUCUGUUCAUCAUCUCGCUUACCCAGCGUAUGCCUGCUGUGCACAAACAAUCCCACGUCUCCAUGCUUCAGGAAGACCUUCUGCGACUGCCAUCAUUUCCUCGCUCUGCCAUUGAUGCUGAGUUCAUGCUCUUCAAUGAGCCUCUAGGCAAAGAGCUCUUUGGUUUGGACACUUUACAUAAGGUCCUAUGGAUCAAACUGCUGGAGGAGAUGUUUCUGGGCAUGCCCAGUGAAUACCCUUGGGGUGAUGAGAUUAUGCUAUUUCUGAAUGUGUUUAAUGGUGCCCUGCUCCUACACCCCGAGGACAGCGCCCUCCUCAGGCAAUACAGCGCAACUGCCAUCAACACAGCUGUACACUUCAACCACCUCUUCUCCCUCAGUGGCUAUCAAUGGAUCCUUCCUACUAUGCUCCAGACAUACGCAGAUUAUGAGAGUAACCCACUGUUGCGUCGAGGGAUUGAAUUCUGCUGCAGGCAGUUCUAUAUUCUCCACCGCAAACCUUUCAUAUUGCAGCUCUUCGCUAGUGUGGCCCCACUGCUGGAGUUCACUACUCGCACUAGUACUGGUUUAUCAAAAGGAGUAUCUUCACAGUGUCUUUUUGACCUGCUGGUAUCUUUGGAGGGAGAGACUGCAGAUUCCCUGGAUGCUCUGGAGCUGGUGAAGGCUGAGAAACCUCUCCGCUCUCUGGAUUUUUGCUAUGGUAAUGAGGACCUGCCGUUUUCAAUCAGUGAAGCCAUAAAGCUCUGUGUCACAGUAGUUGCUUAUGCCCCAGAAUCCUACCGCAGUUUGCAAAUGCUGAUGGUUCUUGAGGCUUUAGUUCCGUGUUACCUGCAGAAGAUGAAGGGUAACACACAGACUCUGGAGUCGGUGUCUGCAGCGAGGGAUGAGAUAGCUGCCAUAGCUGCUCUGGCCACUUCUCUGCAGGCUCUGCUCUACAGCGUGGAGGCAUUGACACGACCUAUGACUGCACCUCAGAUGAGUCGAUGUGAUCAAGGCCACAAGGGAGCAACUACUGCCAACCACACCAUGUCUGGAGGACCAAACACCAGGGAUAACCUGCACCUGCUGGAGGAGGGUCAGGGUAUACUGAGGGAGGAACUGGACGAGCGUAUUGCCCGUGAAGAGUUCCGUCGCCCCCGUGAGUCUCUGCUUAACAUCUGCACAGAGUUUUACAAGCACUGUGGUCCACGCCUCAAAAUCCUGCAGAAUGUGGCAGGAGAACCCAGAGUCACUGCUCUAGAGCUGCUGGAUAUCAAGUCUCAUAUGAGAUUGGCAGAAGUCGCCCACUCCCUUCUCAAAUUGGCCCCGUAUGACACGCUGACCAUGGAAAGCAGAGGACUGCGCCGCUACAUCACAGAAAUGUUACCCAUCACCGAUUGGUCGGCAGAGGCCAUUCGUCCUGCCCUCAUCCUCAUUCUGAAGAGGCUGGAUCGCAUGUUUAACAAGAUUCAUAAGAUGCCCACACUCAGGCGGCAGGUGGAGUGGGAGGCAGCUAGCAGUCUGAUUGAAGGGAUUUGUUUGACACUUCAUCGGCAGCCAAUCAUUUCCUUCCUCCCUCACCUGCGAUCUCUAAUCAACGUUUGUGUCAACCUGGUGAUGGGGGUUGUGGGGCCAUCUAGUGUGGCAGAUGGACUUCCCUUGUUGCAUUUGAGUCCGUACCUGUCUCCUCCUCUUCCCUUCAGUACAGCGGUUGUGCGUUUGGUUGCCAUGCAGAUCCAGGCUUUAAAGGAUGACUUCCCACUCAGUCAUGUGAUCUCCCCCUUCACCAAUCAGGAGAGACGAGAAGGGAUGCUGCUUAACCUCUUGAUUCCAUUUGUAUUGACUGUGGGCGCAGGGAGUAAAGACAGCCCUCAUCUGGAGCAGCCAGAGGUAUUUCUACUUUUGCAGACAGUCAUUAACAUCCUGUUACCUCCACGCAUUAUCAGCACUUCCCGCAGUAAGAACUUUGUUCUGGACGCAUCCCCUGCCCACUGCUCCACCCCAGGGGACACUGGGAAAGACCUGCGUAGAGAGGGACUGGCUGAAUCCACCAGCCAAGCAGCUUAUCUUGCUCUGAAGGUGGUCUUAGUCUGCUUUGAGCGACAGUUGGGUAAUCAAUGGUACAAGCUGAGUCUGCAGGUCAAGGAAAUGGCCCUGCGUAAAGUUGGUGGUUUGGCUUUCUGGGAUUUUAUUGACUUCAUAGUGCGCACAAGAAUUCCAAUCUUCAUUCUAUUGCGCCCCUUCAUACAAUGCAAGCUGUUGACCCAGCCAGCUGAGUCUCAGGAGGAGAUCACGGCCCGUCACCAUAUUGCAGAGCAACUAGAGCGUCGUUUCAUCCCACGGUCCCUCUGCAAGAGCUCUCUGUUUGCUGAGUUCAGCAACGAGCUCAAGAUCCUGAAAGAGGCUGUGCAUAGUGGCUCUGCAUACCAAGGAAAGACGUCCAUCAGUACUGUUGGCACAUCCACCUCUGCAUACAGGUUGAGUCUGGCCACCAUGUCCCGCUCCAACACCGGUACAGGAACUGUCUGGGAGCAGGAGAGCCAACCUUCACGCCAGCCCUCACAGGACACACUCAGUCGUACCGAUGAGGAGGAGGAGGAAAAUGACUCCGUCAGCAUCCCCAGCGUGGUAAGUGAGCACGAAGCUUUCCUCCCCAGGCUCAUUUCCCAGCGGCGUUUCUCCAGUCACGCCACAGGGUUAGCUGCCAGUCAGCCUGAACCAAGCAUGAGCACCAUGCUGCCCAGUCACAGUGAACCCAAUGUGCUAGAUGAAUCCCAGGGGCUUCUGGAGGAGGGUAACCUGUCUAGGGUUGCCAGCGUGCAGAGUGAACCAGGACAGCAGACUCUGCUAAUCCAGCCACCUCUUGGUCGUAAGAGAGGACUUAGGCAGCUACGGCGACCUCUGCUGUCUAUACAGAGGGUGCAGGACGAGUCUCGUGGACGUCACGGAGCCAGACUCUCAACAACCCGUAGGAGCAUUCAGCCUAAGAGUAAACCACUCGACAGGACUCACAGUGACCAAAAGAGGUCUGUCACUUUCACCGAGACCCAGCAGGAACCGGCUGGCAGAUCUCCCACUGCUACUCCCAGCCCCAGCAGCGGUUUACCAGGGGUCACAGAGGUCGGGAGGCUGAGCCAUGCUCCAUCAGAGUCCUCAUCACCUAGCAUCAAUACUGCCCAGCACAAACCAGCAUGGCCACAGUAUGAGAAUAAAGACCAGGGGAAUGUAAGAAGCAGUCUUUCUCCAACCCCCUCUGCUGCCUCAAGCUCCACUUCUAGAGCCUGCUCCCCUCUUCCUCCUCCCCUCCCCAUCCUGAGUACACCAUCCCGACUGGCCCCAACCCAGAUCAGAGAAAGCCCAGAGGACGAAGAGACCACUGGGCUUCUGCAAAACACAGACACCUCCUCUAGUGCAGGAGAGGACCGUGGCACGGAGAACCCACUCCUGACCUCGCUGCUCACACCCCACGCUCUCUCUCCGCUCCCCCUGUCCCCUGUUGACCUGGAUCUGGACGAGUCUCACGUGUGAGAAUGUCCAGCUUCAGGAUACUGUGCUAGUUUAACAGGAAGUGGAAAAAGAAAUCCUGUGAUCAGAUUUCUUGAAUAACUUUUUUUUGUAAACUCUUGACAACGGAGUUAAAGCAUAUUAAGCUAUCAUGGGACAUCCUUUGCAAUUAAUAGACACAUUUAUGAAGCACUCUGCAUAAUUCUAAACACCAAUGAAGCUAAUUAACAUUAAUGUACCAUUCAGUCUUUAGUGAGAUAAAUUACGUAAUUUUAAAUCAAAUAAGAUAAGCAUUCUGUGAAAAUUAUAACUACAAAAACGAUG